UUUAUUGGUGGCGAACUCUGGCGAGUGGUUUCUGGCGGGAGAUGACUCGCGUCGAUCAGCUGAUCGCCUCGGCACAGGUUAGAGCUUGUUCAAGGUCUGUCGGUGUUCGUCAGACGUAAAUAAACGAGUAGUCAGAGGUAAUUAGUCGGGAACUGGUGGAUGUGAAGGAGAAAUGGAUGUGACUGAGGAAAGUCGACAUAAGGACCCAGAGGCGGAGUACACAUUUCGCUCUGGGAAUCUGUUUAUUGUCGAUGGCACCGAGGACAUGCAUGAGGAUCGUGGGGAGGAUGUGGGGACGUACUUCUUCCAGGCUCUUGCGAUGUACGAGAGAAUUUUGAGGCAAAAACUCAUUCGAAACAGGGACGAUUGGAUGGGUUUAGUGCUCUUCGCCACAACCGCAAGUGAUCCUGAAACCAAGAACAUUCUGACGCUCUUGGAGUUCGGGCCAGUCACUGUGGAAAUGCUCAAAAAAUUCUUGCACAUAAGGGACCACAGACUCCCCUAUUACGCGGGCAUCGCCUCCGAGAAGGCGUACCCCCUCCCCCAGGUGCUUCUGCACGCGGCGCGUUCCUUCGACUCGAUAAAAAUAAAAAUGCCAACUCGUCAAUUGAACCUCAUCACCUGCCACGACAAUCCCCUCCUCGAGGAUCACGAGGCCAGACACCGAGUUCGAGUCCUCGCCAAGGACCUGAAGGACAUCCACGUGAGCCUCAAGGUCAUCGGUUUCGGCGACUGGAGCUUCGACCUCUUCUACAAAGAGCUGGAGAUGCUGGCGAGUGACAGCGAAGUGGAGCCCAAAAGGUCAUUCCCAAUCGACAUCGAACGUGAGGUAAUGAGGAAGCACGUGGAGCUGGGGCAGAUAGAGCUGAGGAUCGGCGAGAAAGUCCUGAUGAAAGUGAAGCUCCAGACGUUCACCAAGACUCGUCCUGCGCUCAAAAAGAUCGCCAUGGAUAAGAGGACCAAUGAGCCCCUCGAGAGCUACUUCCACUACAAGAAAAUCGACGAUUUGUUCGACUAUGGGGAGACGAAUGAAAAUGAUGAUGAUGGCUACGAGGACAUCAGCAACUCGAGCAUCAGGAAGUGGCAGCACGUGGGGGGACGAGACAUCUUCCUGACUCUGCAGGAAUCCAAGAACCUGACCAAACUCAAGCCCAAGGGGAUUGAGAUCCUGAGGUUCGAGAAGGCUUUGAAAAAGCCUCCUUGGUAUCACAUUCCUCCUGCCUUGUUCCUGGGACUUUCUCAGGGGGCACCUCCUGGUGAUGCGAAGCUCUUCGCUGCUUUGUUGGUGCAGUGCCAGGAGAAAGGAGUAAUGGCAAUUUGCGCAGCAACAAUCCGAGCCAAUGGGAGAACGUAUUUAUUCAGGAUGUGGCCAUGCCCUGAGGACCACGGUUUCUACUUCUUUCGAAUACCUUUCAGGGAGGAGAUCAACAGGACGAUGGAGGACUUAUUCGAGAAGUAUACGUUUGAUAAACCCGUGUUCGAUGAUGAGGAGAAGCUGAAGAUCAUGGAGAAGGUCGUCAAGAAGUUCAGGAUUGUCUACAGCCCCGCGAUAUUUCCUAAUCCAAGAGUCUCGAAGCAGCAGCAGUACAUAUUGGCACUGGCUCUCAACGAGGUCUGGGACGAGGAGACGAACUUUGAGGACUUCACGAAACCUGCGGUGGAUCUGCUGCAGAGGAACCUCAGUAAGAGAGGCCUCAUUGACUCGUUCUUUGAGAUUUUUCCCAACACCAAGGAGGAUGAUACCGGCCGGGUCGACAAGGUGUUGAGGUACGAUAGGGAAACUGCUGAGAGGAUGGUUUAUGGGGACCUUAACAAGUAUAGGGUGCCUCAGUUGAGGGCUAUACUGAAGGCUCUCAACAUGGGAAUUACAGGGGUGAAGUCUGUUCUUGUUCAGAGGUGCGAGGAGUAUGCGAAGUCCAUGUAGAAGGGGUGGAAGUCCAUGUAGAAGACAACAGGAGAGGGAAGUUCCAUUCCAUAAGGGAGAAUGUCAUGAAAUUCCUAUUUUUUUUUAAAUUACAUUUUCACAAAUUUACGAUGUCAUUCAUUUUCAUGGAUAAAUAAUGAAACGUUGGGAGAGUUUAAAGUUUAAACUUUAAACAAUACUAAUCUUUAAACUCUUUAACAUCUCAUUAUUUUCCAAAAUGUUUUCUCAGAGACAGAAAACUUUCUUGCAAUUUUCUCUCAAAACAUCUAGUUUUGGUAAUAAAUACAAAAUUGAAGGCGUUAUUUGAAGGGUUGAUUAUUCCAGGGAACAAUUCCAAAUGAAGGAUAAAUCCAAUGGUCUUUGAGUGAAUGCACCUUCGUAUUUUGCAGUAAUCCAAUUAUCUUUAUUGAGUUUGUAAGUUUUUAUAAAAAUAUUUAUUAUCCGUUCCUUUGUUUAAGUGUACGAAGGCAAGCAGUGUGUAAUUUAGAGUAUUUUUUUCAACAUUGUGACCUACCCACGGGCUACAACCGUUAUCUCGGCUCUUCGAGCUUCGAUAGUGGUUGGAGGGAACCAGGCUGGACCCAGGAAAAUCCGGUGGGCGUUCUCUCCGGUUCUUGUCUCUGUAAAAAGAAUAAAAUCAUCAAGAUGCGUGAAA